GUUUCCCCGGCGGGCGCCGCUCGGAGCGAGUCCUCCCUUCACCCGGUGCCGCCCCGCGGGCUCUGUCGGUAAAGGCCCCUUGGGGGCAGCCCAGCAGCGCCUCGGGCCCCGCAGCCGGUGGCUGCAUCUCGCCCGGGGGCACGAGCGGGGGGCGGGGCUGUCCCCUGCCCGGCCUCCCCUCGCCCACCCCCGGGAGUGCGGGGCCUGCCCGGGCCGACCCUCGGAGGCUGAGGCGCGGUGACCCCGCCGCGCUCGUGCUGGGCCGAUGGCGUUGCCGACGCUGCCCGCCCGCUGGCCCAGCCGGAGCAGAGCCCUGGAGAAGCAGAUCGUGCGGCAGCGGGACCAGGAGGCCCGUUGGCGGCAGCAGUGGGAGCGGAACAGCCGCUAUUUCAAACAGUCCGGAGUCUGCAGCUCCAAACAGAGCCAGUGGAGCUCGCGCCGCUCCUAUCAGCAGAGCAUGAAUGCAUAUCACUGUGAGAAAAUGAAAGAGGAGAAAAAAAUCAGCUUGGAGCACAGACGAGAACAACUUAGGAAACUUUUGUAUGAGGAGCGAGAAUUGCUAACAGCGGAACUCAGGGAGCUGAGACUGAACGAGGAGUCCGAGCUGAACAAGAUCAGAGAGAGAAGUGAAGAUUUGAAAUCUGCUAGAGAAGAGCGUCGGAAAAAGGUUGCUGAAGAGCUGCUGUAUGAACACUGGAAGAAGAACAAUACCAAACUCCGAGAGAUUGAGUCAGAGCUCCACAAGAAGCAUGUGAUAGACGUUUGGGGCGAUCAGCUCACAGAAAAGAAGCAGCAAGAAGCAACUGAAAGAGAAGAAAAAAGACGGUAUGAAAAUGAAUAUGAACUUGCCCGAAGGGAAGCACUGGAAAGAAUGAAACAAGAGGAAGAAAAGAGGCGGCUGGAAGAGAAGAAACGAGCUGAGGUGUUACUGCAACAAAUGGAAGAACUGAAGUUCCGGGAGAUGGAGGCAACAAAACUGAAGAAAGAGCAAGAGAAUUUACUAAAACAGCAAUGGGAGCUGGAGGAGCUGGAAGAAGAGAGGAAGCAAAUGGAAGCAUGCAGGAAAAAGUUGGAGCUUGGUCGCUUUUUGAGACAUCAGUAUAAUGCCCAACUAAAGAGACGUGCACAGCAGAUACAACAGGAGCUGGAGAUGGACAGGCAAAUACUAUUAGCCCUUCUAGAGAAGGAAGAUGAGGAUCAACGCCUCCACUCUGCUAGACGGGAGCGGGCUGCUGCAGAUGCUGCCUGGAUGAAACAUGUAAUUGAGGAGCAGCUCCAGUUAGAAAAGGCCCGAGAGGCAGAACUGGAGACCAUUUUUAGGGAAGAAGCUAAACAAGUGUGGGAAAAAAGAGAAGAAGAAUGGGAGAGAGAGAGGAAGGCCAGAGACAGACUGAUGAAUGAGGUCCUUGCAGGCCGACUGUGUCAGAUCCAAGAGAAGAUGGAGCUAAAUCGACACGCCCAGGAGGAAUGUGUAAAAUACCGGGAACAACUGAUUAGAGAGCUUGAGGAGGCCAAAGAGCUAACUCGUCGAGAGAGAGAGGAAGAGGAGGAACUAAAAACCGCUCGCAAACAAGAGCUGGAGUCCCAGCUUACAGAGCGUCACCUGCAAGCGCAGGAAGCGUUACAGCGCCAGAAGGAGGAGGAGGAGGAAGCAAGGCUGGCAGAGCAGCACUGUGAGGAGUUAGUGCGGCAAGAGGCCAAGCGCAUGACUGAGCGGGGCUAUCCCAGUAAGCCCCGUGGUCGUCCAAAAACAGCUUGGACCUGAGAAGGGUUGCCCUUAAGUUCUGAGGUGUGAGCAUCAUAG